UAGGUACGGGAAGUCGGGCGGGUCAAAAGUAUUUAAAGCACUUCCGUAGCGUACCGUCACGUCUCCACUCAAUCAACACCGACUCAACAUAAAGCGCUGGCGGUCAUUGGCGGUGGGGGUCACAGCGCAAACAGUGAGGAGCGUGUGGUCAUGACAUCUGACUGCCGCUCCCAUCCAUCUCAACCAUCAUCAUGUCUCUGGGGGACAGUCCACACCUGCUGCUCGGCCGGAUUCGUUUUCUGAACCGCUGCAUUGAGUGUUUCCAGAAGAGUGAGCCGCUUCCCGACAGCCUGUGUUACGUGCCAAAAGAGGUGUGCUACAAAAUCUGCAAAGAUUCAUCCUCCAGCUCCUGCGCCGCUGCCUCUGGGGCUUCCACAGGGGGCUCUGGCACGACGAUGGUACCGGUCUUUGACGGUCCACACCAGAGUCCGAUCAACAAGAAACUAUGCAAGUACACCAUUGAGCUAAAGAAAGGGACGUGUAUCCGGACCACGGGGGAGGAAUACUGUAAUACCCAGGGUCUCUGGGUCAAGAUAAAUAAGGAGCAGCUGGAGGAACACCGUCCCGGGCAAGAGCUGGAAGAGGGUUGGAUCCUGGUGUGCAAACACACCGAGGGCGGCGACAGGCUGGUUCCGGUGGAGUCGCCCGAAACGUUGAGCAGACAGCAGCAGCUCUUGGGCUAUGACCACAAAGCGUGCAACAGGUGGGAGCACGUGGUGGACGUGGAGAAUGCCGUGUUUCUCGGAAACAAACCCAAGAUAGCUGAGCCGGACGCCGCCGCGGUAGAGAAGCUGAGGUAUGCACCACCGACCUGGACGUAUGAAUGCGAUGAAGACCUGGUGCACUACUUCUAUGACCACAUUGGCAAAGAGGAUGAGAACCUGGGCAGCCUGAAGCAGUGUGUGACCAAUAUUGACGUUUCGUCGUGUUCGGAGGAUCCUAGCGGGGGCGUGAACAGCUUAACAGACGGCGACAACAAAACAUACUGGGAGAGCGACGGAAUGCAGGGACAGCACUGGAUACGACUUCACAUGAAAAGGGGAACUGUUGUCAAUAAGCUGAUUUUGACGGUGGACUCCACGGACGACAACUACAUGCCAAAGAGGGUGACUGUGUACGGAGGCGAGGGAGAGGCGCUGAAGAAGCUGAGUGACGUCACCAUUGACGACAAUCUGAUUGGGGAGAUUUGCGUGCUGGAAGACAUGUCGUCUCACCUGCCGGUCAUCGAGGUCCGAAUUGAGGAAUGUCGAGAUGAGGGUAUCGACGUGCGCAUCCGAGGCUUGAAGAUCAAGUUGUCGUGCGAGCGAGACCUGGGACUGAACGCAGACAUCUUCCAGUCCUCCUACUUGGUGCGCUACCCUCGUCUGCAGGGGACGCCGGCUGAUGUCCUUUACCGCCGAGCACUGAUCAUCCAGAGGUUCACUUCUUUACUCGACAGCGUUCUCCCGCACUUUGUGCCUGCCUGGGACUACAGCGUGGGCACUUUCAACCACAUCAAAAGCAUAAAGCAGUUUCUGCUGCAGUCCAAACGCCGCUCUGCCCUGGUCACGCAGUGCCUGAAGGACUCUGAGACCAGCAAGCCCAACUUCCUGCCGUGCCUCUACAUCAACAGGCGGCUAGCCAUGGAGCAUCGGGACAACCCCUCGUUGGACCCCAGCUGCAAGAACGCUGUGUUCAGUCAGGUGUACGAAGGCCUGAAGCCGUCGGAUAAAAUGGAGAAGACUUUGGAUUACAGGUGGCCCGCUCGUUACGACCAGUGGUGGGAAUGCAAGUUCAUCGCAGAGGGCAUCAUCGACCAGGGCGGGGGCUUCCGGGACAGCUUGGCCGACAUGUCCGAGGAGCUGUGUCCCAGCUCGGCCGAAUGUCCCAUGCCGCUGCCCUUCUUCACGCGAACCUCUAACCAGGGUGCCUUGGAGGCCAGAGACUACUACGUCCCAAACCCAUCUUGCAAAGAAUUCCACAAGUACGAGUGGAUCGGGCAGCUUAUGGGCGCAGCUCUUAGAGGGAAAGAUUUUCUCGUUCUGGCUCUGCCAGGCCUGGUGUGGAAGCAGCUCACCGGGGAGGCAGUUAGCUGGAGCAAAGACUUCCAUGCUGUAGACUCUGUGCUGGUCAACCUGCUGGAGGCCAUGGACAACAUGGACCGCGAGACCUUUGAAUUCCGUUUUGGCGAGGAGCUGGUCUACACCACGUUGCUGAGCGAUGGCCAGAUGGUGGAGCUGGUCCCGGGCGGCGGUAACGUGGCCGUCCGCUACGAGGACCGCCGCGACUUCAUCCGCCUAGUGCAGAAGGCUCGGCUGGAGGAAAGCAAGCAGCAGAUCAUGGCGUUACAGGCCGGACUGCUGAAGGUGGUUCCGCAGGCUGUUCUGGAUCUGCUAACCUGGCAGGAAGUGGAGAAGAAGGUUUGCGGGGACCCGGAAAUCAGCGUGGAAGCCCUCAAAAGACUCACUUGCUAUGAGGACCUGGAACAAAAUGACACUUGUGUGCAGUAUUUGUGGGAGGCGCUCACCAACUUCACCAAUGAGGACCGUAGCAGAUUUCUGAGGUUUGUGACGGGUCGAAGUCGUCUUCCUGCCCCCAUCUAUGUCUUUUCUAACAAGCAAGUAUUUUGCUCUGAGAGCGACGCGCUUCCGCAGUCUUCCACGUGCUCCAGCACAUUGUAUUUACCCAACUACCCGAGUGCCAAAGUUUGUGAAGAGAAGCUGCGCUACGCCGCCUACAACUGCGUGGCCAUCGACACGGAUGUGAGCCCUUGGGAAGAGUGACCACUCCCCGAUGAGUUCCGCUGCACACUCAUCACUUUUGAAAUGGAAUAACUGCCAAGUUAUCACAGCUGUAAAUAAUAGAGGAAAAUAAUAAUAAAGAAGUAUAAAUGAAAACUUGAAUUUA